AUGGGUAGCUAUCCAGAGACCAACCUCCUCUCCAUCCCAGAGCCCAUCGCCAUUGUAGGAACCUCAUGUCGGUUUCCAGGUGGUGCAGACUCUCCAUCUAAACUAUGGAGUCUCCUCAAGAACCCUCAAGACAUUGUGCAAGAGAUUCCUCCGAGUCGCUUCGACACGAAAGGGUUCUACAACAAAGACAGCCAACACCACGGUAGCUUGAACGCACGACACGCAUAUCUUUUGCAAGAUGAUCCCCGAGCAUUCGACCGCGACUUCUUCAACAUCAGCCCCAAGGAAGCCGAGGCCAUGGAUCCCCAACAACGCUGUCUCCUCGAGACAGUCUAUGAAGGCGUUGAAUCGGCCGGAUACUCGAUACCCCAGCUGCAAGGCUCCGCGACAGGUGUCUUUGUAGGCGCCAUGAGCUUCGACUACCAAUUUGUUGCUAUGCGAGGCUUCGAUAGCUUGCCACAGUACCACGCAACCGGUACUUCCAUGUCGAUCCUGGCGAAUCGCCUCUCCUACUUCUUUGACUGGAGAGCUGUUCUUGCGCUGCGGAACGGUGAUGUUAGUAUGGCUGUUGCUGCCGGCGCUAAUCUUAUUCUCGGGCCUGAGCCGUUUAUCGCCCUGUCAAACCUGACGAAGGAAUUGAAGUUAAACAUGCUGUCACCCAACGGCCGUUCAUACAUGUGGGAUUCAUCCGGCGACGGCUACACACGAGGCGAAGGCUUCGCUGCCGUUAUUCUCAAGACUCUUAGUCAAGCCCUAGCCGACGGUGACCACAUUGAAUGUAUCAUCCGUGAGACUGGCGUAAACUCGGAUGGGCGGACUCCGGGCAUCACCAUGCCGAGCGCAACAGCGCAGGCUCGGCUUAUCCGAGAGACAUACCAAAGGUGUGGGCUAGACAUAAACAGUCCACUUGAUCGCCCACAGUACUUUGAGGCCCAUGGUACCGGCACACCGGCAGGAGAUCCUAUCGAGGCCCGAGCUAUACAUGAAGCUUUCUUUUCUCAUAGUCCGGAACCCCAUGACGACCAGGCACCACUCUACGUCGGCUCCAUCAAGACUGUUCUUGGCCACACUGAAGGCACUGCCGGCCUCGCUGGAGUCCUUAAGGCAUCUCUGGCAGUUCAGAACGGUUCAAUUCCAGGAAAUCUCCAUUUUAAAAACCUGAAUCCCAAGAUCUGGCCUUUCUACGACAAACUGCGCGUCCCCACCACAUUAACGUCAUGGCCUAGCCUUCCAGACGGCCAGCCUCACCGCGUCAGCGUCAACAGCUUUGGCUUUGGAGGAACCAACGCGCACGCCAUUAUCGAAAGCUGGGAUGAGAAGCCCGAGCGGUGUCCUUUGAGAACUGCAGAACAUGGCGGACUUGUUGUGUUAUCUGCCAAUUCCGCACAGGCAUUGGCAGCAAAGGCUACGUCGCUGGCUGCAUACCUUCGAAAGCACCCUGAUACAGAUAUCGACCGGCUCUCACGCACCAUGUUCCAGCGCGCUGAUUUCCUAUACCGAGCCGCCUUUGCAGCCACGUCGACUGCCCAACUUGCAGAGAAACUUGAAGCACGAACUGAGAUGUUGAAAAAGACUUCCCGCAUUGCGGCAAUUCCUAACCACUUGCCGCCCCGCAUCCUUGGUGUCUUUACCGGGCAAGGCGCGCAGUGGGCUACUAUGGGCAGGGAACUGUACGAUGCAUCGCCUGUGUUCCGCAAAUCCAUGGACCGGCUGCAGCGAAGCCUUGACACGCUUCCUCAUGGCGAACGCCCAGACUGGACUCUUAUCGACGAGCUUUCGCUGUCCAAAGAGACGUCUCGUAUUGGUCAAGCCGCCAUCUCGCAGCCACUGUGUACUGCUUUGCAGAUCGCUCUCAUCGAUGUCUUGCACGUCAUCGGCAUCUCCUUUGCUGCCGUUGUUGGCCACUCUUCUGGAGAGAUUGCCUGUGCCUAUGCAGCAGGGUACCUAGAUGCACAGGACGCCAUCCGCGUUGCUUAUUACCGGGGAUUCCACUCACACCUCUCCAAGGGCCCCGACGAGAAACGCGGCAAAAUGAUGGCUGUGGGACUGAGUCUCGAGCAAGCGUCAGCCUUCUGUAGUGAGUUCGGGUCUGCGCUCAAAGUGGCUGCUAGCAACUCUCCCACCAGUUGCACACUGGCCGGCGAUGCGGACGCCAUUGAUGAAGCCAAAGAGCGGCUAGAGCAGGAAAAGACUUUUGCUCGUGUGCUAGCUGUAGACACCGCAUACCAUUCUCAUCACAUGCUUCCCUGCGCCGAACCCUAUCUACAGUCGCUACGCAACUGUGGAGUCCGAGCUCUCAGGGGUCCAAAGCGAUGUGCUUGGUACUCCAGUGUCUGGGGCCCCAAUGGACGCAGCCGCUCUUUCGAUAGCAAAGAUAGCAUGGAGUUGCUCGAAGGCCAGUACUGGGUCGAUAACCUAACCAACACGGUCCAGUUCUCGCAAGCAGUAUACCGAGCUAUUUCCGAAGAGCCCUUCAUCAUGGACCUCGCACUGGAAGUUGGACCCCACCCUGCUCUCAAGGGACCCAGCUCUGAAGUCAUGAAGUCGCUGACUGGGGUUUCCGUUCCAUAUAGCGGUAUUUUGAAACGCGGAGAGAAUGCCGUCGAAGCGUUUGCCGAUGCUCUAGGACUCAUCUGGACGUCUUUCCCAUCUCAGAACCCUAUCGUCACGUUCGAUGGGAUGCAUCGCGCCUUGCCACAAGCUGGACCAAAGAAGCCUAGCAUCCUGAAGAACUUGCCAGGUUACCCAUGGGACCAUGAUAGCCUCAUCUGGCGUGAAUCGAGGGCUUCUCGCGUGUUCCGCUCUCAGAACCAGCCAAGACACGAGCUCCUCGGUCACCCUGUAACGUUGGGCGAACAUAGCAGGCGAGAGGUACACUGGCGCCAGAUCUUCAAGCUGGGCGAGCUUCCUUGGGUGACUGGUCAUAAUAUCCAAGGCGAAGUACUUUUCCCAGCCACGGGGUACCUCACAAUGGCGUACGAAGCCGCUAUACGCCUUGUAGACAAUGAGACAGCGCUGCGCCUCGUCGAGUUGCACGAUGUGGAGAUUGUUCGCGCUAUGGGUUUGCCAGAAGAUUCCCCCGGCCUCGAGGUUCUCUUCACUGUGUCCGUUACAGGCCAGUCUGACGACUGCGUCACGGCAAAAGUGGCUUGCUACAGCGGCAACGUCAACGUAGCCAAGCUGGAUAGUCCUCUUCAUGGACUCACAGCUCAUUUCUCAGCUGGCGUUAGACUUUGGCUCGGUGAACCCAGCAAUAGUUCCCUACCUGGCCGCAACAGACCCCUGCUCCCCAUGAAUACCCUCGAUAUGGAGCAGUUCUACUCCUACCUGUCGAAGGUAGGAUACAACUACGCGCUGCCUUUCAGAGCAACCAGUGUGGACCGCCAUCUCAACCACGCGGUCGUGACGCUUCCAUCGCCUCCAGAGACGUCUUCGUCUAUUCGUGAUGUUACGCAUCCCGUAGUCCUCGACACUGCGAUUCAAGGAGUCUUGGCCGCAUUUUCUUUCCCUGAAGACGGCCGCCUGGACACUGUGUAUCUCCCCACACGCAUCGACUGCGUCCGCAUCAACACAUCGUCAACAUAUAAUAGCCCCUUGAUGGCAGACAGCGUCUUGACAUCGACCGAAGCAAAGGCACUCAAGGGCGACAUCGAGGUGUUCAGCGAGAGCGACGCAGCCGUCCACGUGCAAAUGCGUGGCGUCCACUACACUGCGCUGAACCAAAACAAAGACCGAUGGCUGUACGCAAGCGAGAACUGGGUGCGCGAUGCAAUCCACGGUAUUGAGCCGAGCCAGAUGACCAAGCUUUCUCCUGAAGCCGAGGCGUUUGAGAAGCUCCUGACACGCAUAGCGUAUUUCUAUCUGCGCAAGCUCCGCGAUCAGAUCAAGCCGUCGGAGCUAUUGCUCAUGAGCAAGCACCGACGCCACAUGAUGAAGUGGGUCAGAGAGCAUCUGUUUCCCCAGAUCGAGGCAGGCCAGCGUCCAGAUGUCGAAGUGGAAUGGGUAAACGACACCCUGGAGGAUGUCGAGCGGUGGAGCGCUAGUUACCUUGCAGCUGGCAACAACGACAUGCAACUGCUUCAUGCCGUCGGGAAGAAUCUGCCUGCUAUUGCCCGCGGAACGAAGCCUGCGCUACAGGUGUUGCUGACCGACGACAUGCUGGACCGUCUGUACGUCGAAGGCACUGGAAUCGCGGAUGCUAACCUCGACUUUGCCCUGUUGGUGCAGCAGAUUGCACACCGCUACCCGCGCAUGAAUGUCAUCGAGGUGGGUGCCGGAACAGGCGGUACCACGCGAGCGGUGCUGUCCUCUUUGGGCGAUCAGUAUGCGUCGUACACUUAUACCGACAUCUCAGCCGGAUUUUUCGAGCCUGCAAAGGCAAAAUUCAGCCAGCACGGCGGAAAGCUCAAGUUCAAAACACUCAACAUUGAAAAGGACCCCAUGGGCCAAGGCUUUGAUGAAGGCUCGUUUGACAUGGUUAUUGCUUCAAAUUGUCUCCACGCUACUCGCAGUCUCCAGGAAACACUGCGCCACUGCCGCCGCUUGCUCCGGCCCGGAGGCUACUUAGUCCUGCUGGAAAUCACUCGCGACCAUCUCCCUAUUGAGGAGUGGGACGCGUUGCUCAAGGCAAACAGGUUCUCUGGAGUAACUGCAAGCUCGACGCCUUCUUAUUGCUCUGUGAUAAUGUCGCAGGCAGUUGAUGAUACCUUCCAGCUACUCCAGGGGCCGCUCUCUGUCACUUCUCAGCAGCAGCCGUUGGCAUCCAGAGGACCGGUAUUGGUUGUUGGUGGUAACAAGUCAGGACUUGGUGCCAGGUCUCAGGAAAUACUUGCUUCUCACGGUGCAUCAUACCUGCAUGAGCUUGAGGGCAUCGAGGUGCCGAGUGGAGCAGUCGUUCUCUGUCUAUCUGACUUGGACAACCCCAUCUUUAGUGUCAUGACAGAGGCUGCGUUCCAGGGUAUACAAACAAUCUUCCGGAACGCAAGCAUUGUUCUGUGGGUGACGUCUGGAGCGGCUUCGGGCAAAAAUCCAAUGGCGAACGUAACGGUCGGAUUAGGACGAACACUGCUUGCCGAAUGCAGUGACUUGAGACUCCAGUUCCUUGACGCGGAAGAGCCUGAUUCACUCACUCCGGAAUUGCUGGCGACUCUUCUCCUUCGACUUGGCGCAACGGACCAGUCCAACUCCGAUGAUAUCCUCUGGAAUCAUGAGCCUCAUCUUGCACUGAGAGACGGCGCGUUCUACGUACCCAGAGUGCUGCGCCUAGACAGCUUGAACCGCCGCGCUAGUGCGAAGAACCGAAAGCUCACCCAGAGUACCAGUCUUGAGCUCUCUGAUACUGGCGUCGAGAUGUCUCAACAAGACGGAGCCUUGGAGCUGUUCGAUUACCCUGUCGGCGAUUGUAGGCCAAGCGAGAUUCGUGUACAGGUCAUGGCAUCAUCCAUCCAUGCUUUUACACUCGAUCGCCCGGCGCCCGUUUACUUCUGGAUUGGUCACGAUGUCCAUUCUAAAGACAGAGUCAUGGGCUUUUCGGAAUUCAACCGCUCCAUAAUCACGGCUACGGAAGAUCAGAUCUUUUACCGUGGAGACAAUGUCAGCACACAAGACAAGCGGGAUUCAGAUGCUGAGCAGCUGCACCGAUUCAUCGUACAAGCGAUGGCUGCAUCUCUUCUCGGUAAUUUUGAGGCACCCAUCUGGGUACACGGCGCUCCAAACCACUUCAAGCCGGCCAUUACUCGUGCUGCCCACGAAGCCAAUGUCUCAGUGUCCCUGACGACAUCAGAUAUUGCAAGCGCUCAAGACGAGGGUUUCAUCCACCCGUACAUCAGCAAGCGAGAUCUUCAGUCACUUGUCCCAAGAUGCGUCAAAACACUGAUCAACCUGGAGGCCGCGCAAAACGAGGAUCUCUCGAAGCUAAUGCGAGAUUCCCUGCCUUCUUCUACCAAGGUAAUCCAGGGUGAUGAUCUGACGAUUCCGAUCAGGUGCGAGAAGCUGCGCGAGCUAGCCCAGGUUAUUGGUCAUGACGAAAUCAAGGGCGCAAGUCACGCAGACCAUGUCACAUCCAUUGGAGAGCUGACAGAAGACAAAGUCAAAGCAUUGAGCCAAGGGGCUGUCAUAGACUGGCGCACUACCGAUAGCGUCACCACGACUGUUCGACCUCUGGAUCAAAGCGGGCUCUUCGAUGCCAACAAGACCUACAUCCUUUUCGGCAUGACAGGGGACGUCGGCAUAUCUGUUGCUGCAUGGAUGGUUGACCACGGCGCUCGAAACGUAGUGCUGGGUAGCCGAAACCCUAGGGUACCAGAGGGCGUCAUUGAAUACAUGGCUCGAAAAGGAGCCAACCUGUGCGCAGUCAAGGUCGACGUGACCAAGAAGGAAGAGCUGCGAGAAGCGUGUGCCAACAUCAAGGCAACCAUGCCGCCGAUUGCGGGUGUCAUCAAUGGCGCCAUGGUUCUCCGAGACCGUCUUUUCGCCCACAUGUCCUGGGACGACUUUGAAGCUGUCCUGGCGCCAAAGGUCGCUGGAACUCAGAACCUGGACGAGAUUUUCAGCAACGAACAAGAUGCGCUGGAUUUCUUCAUUGUUCUUUCGUCGGCAACAUCGCUGGUAGGCAUCAUAGGCCAGUCUGCCUACAGCGCAGCGAACCAUUUUAUGUCGAGUCUGGUGCGCCAGCGACAUGCUCGUGGUCUAGCUGGUUCCGUUGUGGCAAUCGGGUUCCUGACGGGCUUGGGCUACAUUUUCCGCUCGGAAAAGGAGCAUCUCGAUGCUAUUGAGAGACAAGCCGAGACAGACCUGCACGACAUGCUCGCGGAGGCGGUUGUGUGCGGUCGACCCAACUCUGGUCAGCCGUCUGAGCUCAUCACCGCCAUCAAGACAACAUUCCCGGAUGCGUGGCACGAAGACCCACGCCUCUCAUGCUACCUUGUACAGGAUAGCGUGGAAGAAGGCACUGAUGCCAAAGAAGUCGAGGGCAAUGCCAAGGUCGAAGCUCAAUUGGCAUCGGCCGAGGAUCCAAAGCAGUGCUUGACGAUUCUGAUAAAGUGCUUCAGCGUGGCGCUGGGCAACAUGCUCCAGCUCGACCCGGCUCAGAUAGCAGUCGACGUCCCUGUUGUCGAUCACGGCGUUGACUCUCUGGUCUCGGUCCGUAUCCGCGAAUGGUUCCUCAAAGAGCUCGGCGUCGACGUGCCGGUACUAAAGCUCAUGUCGACCAACCACUCCCUGUCGCGCGUAUGCGAGGAUGCACUAGCAGGAUGGCGGAAGCUUCGUGCAGGGCCCCCAACAGCGUCCCAGACAGAGGCCAAGGACAACGAGCCUCGCCGCGACCCAGAAAAGGACUGGAAAAAGGAGGUGGCCGAGCUCAUUAGCGGAAUCCGAGGCCUCAUCCCGCGAGGCACUGAUGCAAUGGCGAGCACCGAGCCGCCUCGGACAAACGCUCGCCGGGUCGUUGUUACAGGAUGUACAGGGUUCCUGGGCACUCACCUGCUGCGCCAUCUGGUCGCCGAUGCGAGUGUCGCUGAGGUACAUUGUCUGUGUAUCCGCUCACGCCAUGUACGCGUCCAGGACGCCAAAAUCCGUGAAUACGCCGGCGACCUAGCCAAGCCGCUGUUGGGACUCUCUGCUACCGACUUCAAGCGCCUCAGUCAGACAGCAGACGUGAUCAUCCACCUGGGUGCCGAUGUCAACCAUCUCAAGUCGUACGAGGCGAUGCGUGCUGCCAAUGUGGUCUCGACACAGACACUGCUUGCCAUGGCGAUGCCGCGCAGCGUCCCCGUGCACUACAUCUCAUCCUCGUCGGUGGCCAUGCUGCAGAAGGGAACUUCGGAACUCGCAGAAGUGGCGCCCUCGAGCAUCUCACCGCCACGUGACGUCGAUUCGUUGAUGAAGAGCGCCGUGGGUUACGCCGCCAGCAAAUGGGUGGGUGGGAUGCUGCUUGAAAACGUCGAGGGCCCUCCAACGGUGGUGCAUCGCUUUCCCAACAUCAUGGGCCAUGAUGCCCCUGAAGAGAUUCCCUUGGUAGCUCUCGAUCGCUACUGCACCAAGAUGCGGGCCGUACCAGCGCUGGAUCCCCGCUUGUGGAUCGGCCAGCUCGAUGUCAUCGAUGUUGGCCAGGUUGUCCCGGACUUUGUGGAAAUGGCGUGGAGCCUGGAUUCCCGUGAAUCAUUCGCCGUACACAACUACUGCAGCAAUAACAGUUACUUGCUUUCGGAUCUUGCGGGAAUGUACAGAGAGAGACUCGGGGCCAAUGUUGAGGUUCUGCCGACGCCUGAGUGGAUGCGCAGGGCCAUCGCGAUGGGUAUGCCCAAGGGUGUUGAAGCCACAUUUGUGGGCCAUGACGAAGUGUUUGUGUCGCCUGUUUUGCGCAAGGGUCCGGCCAAGAAAUAG